AUGGUCGAUCGCAUCGAAACAAGAUCAUAUGCAAACAAGAUUGAUCUUCGCCUUCAAACAUUAAUUACAUCUCCGUAUGCACAACAACAAUUGCAACUUGCUGGUUUGAUAAAUCAUCGUGGACAAAUAGUUGCAUCCAAUGCCUAUAUUCGUAGUCUAGCACAACGAAAAUGUCAACAACAAGAUCAUGAAGCAAUAGCGAAAGAUAUUCUUCUACAAACAUUAAAAAUUGAUCAAAAUAAUCGACGAGGUCGUCGCCAUCAGUUUGAAAUUGCUACACGACGUGCUGUAAAUAGUAAUUUUGACGCUAUUAAUAAACACUAUCGAAAGCAAUCAUAUGGACGUAAAAAAUCCCGUGAAAAAAGUGCUCCUGGCUAUCUUUCGAAAGCAGAAAAUGAGGUUAAACAACGUACACGAGUGACUUCUGCUCACAAAAGAAUAUUAAAAACAGAGAACGAUACAGAAGAAUCUUCUGAUCAACAAAAUCGUAUUGAAUCAUUGGAUAAAUCAUAUGUACUUUCUUUGGAACGUCAAACGUGCAAUUUAAAUAUGUCUUAUGGAUUAAAGACGACUAACAAAACUAAACAAAUUAACCGUGAUGAAAUUGUUGUCAUGCAACAGCACAGCACUGGCGAAAAUGUAGUUGUUUUCAGAGGACUUUUAAACGAAGGCGAAUCCUUUUCAUUUAAAUCACAACGUCGACCAACAUCUCCACUUUCAUUGGCUUUCUAUGCUAAAGGAUUUAUUGACAGUUUGGUGAAUGAUUGUUGUGAAUUUAAAUAUGGUAGAAGAAAUCAACACAUCAAUGAACAUAGUAAAUUUUUUGUUGAACGAGUUCGAAAAGCUAGUCCCUGUGAGAAUUGUCGAAGAAAAUAUAUUCAAAGAGAAAUAACACCAACUGCUGAUGGUGCACCAUCGACUACUAUACCAAAGGAGCAUUCUCCAAUUGUACUUCAAUCUUUGUUAAUAUCAACAUCUGAGCCCAUAAUCGAAAAUCCAAAACUUGAUUUAGCUGAAAAAUCAAAUUUAAACUUUAAAGAACAUAAUGGGAAUAAAAAAGCAACAAAAUAUAGAAAACACCGUGAUACUAUUAACAGUACUAAUGAGAAUGAUGACAAGGAUAAAAAGGCAACAGAUGAACAAACGAAUAAGCAACAAUUUUCCAAAGUUUCUUCUCACCAACAAAUAACUAGAGAAAAAGCAGCAUCAGUGGACUUUGGUCUUCUAGCGUAUACACUUCUUCAAGAAAGAAAGUCACCAUUACCAAAACCAAGAAUGGCAAAAAAACCCAGCAAUAUAUCGAUUAUCAAAGGAAAUUCAACCAGAAAAAAGACGCAACUUAUACCCAAAGAGAACACAUCAGCUACGCCAUCACAAGGAAAAGAAAUUAUGCAAGCAUGGGUUAACGAAACAGACUAUAUUCAUUGGGAUCCACACAAUUCACCUCUUAGUGCGAGUACAAUCGAUGCGGACACUCUUUCUCAAACGUCUGUAACGCAUGUACAACAACGUAUGUUUCCUAGCUAA